UUAUAAAUAAUCUCGUUAUAUGCUUGUGUUACACUCUCCCACUUCAUCAAAAUAUAAAUCGUCUUUCAAAAGUUUUGAGUCUCAUAUCUUCGUUCAUCAGAUUCUUAAGUAGUACUUUUUUUAUCAUCUUGAUAUCCAGUACUGAUAACAUAUGUUGGUCGUCCGAUUCUACACUUCCAUGGAUCUUCAAGAGCUAUUUAUCACAGAGAUAGCUGAAAAGUUCCUAACCACGGGGGCAGUACUGCUUUUUGAUGGAAUUUCACAGCCUUUCCAUGAUCCUGAUAACGUCUUUAUUUGCAUUCCCUUUGCAUCAUCACUUUCUCAAUACUCCUUUGAUGUUUUUCGAGUUCAAGAGUACUACUCAUCUUAUGACGAUGAGUUUCUUGGGAUUACUCAAGAAGAGUCAUCAGAUAUUCUGAUGAAUUCUUUUGGUAGGUUUAGAUCCAAUAAUUUGUGGUGUACUAUGUGGGCAGGAUCUACUAGAUCCAAGCUUUGGGUACCCAUAGAUUUCAUUCAGACCUUUAAGGGACAUGGAGCCGACAUAGAGGGGUUUUACGGUCUUCUCCUUCCACACUACUGUCCCGUGGUAAGACUUUUUCUUCCACGACUAGAAGAGGUGCAAUUCGAACUACGGACAUUUCCAGUGAGAUAGUAUUCUUUAAACAAAUGA